GUGGCUGUUUGCCAAAAAAAAAAAAAAAUUAAAUUUUAUUAAAAAUAAUUUCAAUAAUUUUAAGUGGACAGACGUUUUCAUUCUAUUUUUUAGUGCUAAGACAGUCAGUGAACAUGCGGUUUUCUAGUAGGUAGCAAACGGCAGUGCAAAACACUAUUAGGGGUAAAUUUGAAGUUCAAAUAAUUUUUUCGAUCUAUCGUACGCAGAUUUUUCCCCGAGUCAUGUUAAAACCUGUUGAUAUUAUAUAUACUUUGCUCGCCAUCUUACACCAACUGGUUUAUUCUUCACAAGACAUUAACGCUUUGGCUCGAAAAAUAUACCACAAAAAUGGUACUGCGGUACCCAUUGACAUCUACGUUAGCUAUACGAACAACCCAUGGGGACCGUCAGCCGUGUUGGACAACGGCCAAUCUAGCAGUGGUAAAGAACAAUAUAGGCCCAAAAGAAGUGUAUAUCAGCUUUACAAUAUGGUUGUGUGUGCAACCGGUUGCAAUCCACUCUCUUACCUCGGUUAUGGUUGUUAUUGCGGUUUUCUGGGUUCUGGAUCUCCAGUAGAUCCCAUAGACAACUGCUGCAAAAUGCACGACUGGUGCUACGACAGUGCGGACUGCCCUAUGUUCCUCGAAUACUUUACUCCAUAUGUCUGGACAUGUUACAAUAAAAAACCAUUGUGCUCGAUGGGAGGAGGAUGCAGCCAGCGGUUGUGCGAGUGCGAUCAACAGCUGGCCAUGUGCUUAAAGCGUUUUGGAUGUCCGACGCAGAAAGCACUGUGCAAGACGAGUCCGUGGAGAUGGUUUCAAAACGUGUUGUUUUGAAAUGCAAACAUAGCCGACGGCGCGGAGCUUCCGGACUCCGAAAUUUCUAGUCAUUAGAACGCGGGCAGGUCAGAACCGUCAUGUCGCCCGUGCACCGUUCGCGCACGGCACUGCAACGGCGAGGGCGCGGUGCACGGCGGUCGGGAACGCGUGCGAACCAGCGACCAGCGGCCGUGGCCGGUUAGACGCCUAACCUGACCCGCGUCCGCGCGUUACGUCCGUACGGGACCGGCCGGAGCAGACCGGGAACGUCGUGUGGCAGCUGCGAUUGCGUCCCGCGCGAAGGCGAACCAUCGAAAACACCGGGACCGGUCGACGCGGGGCUGAUCGGAACCGAACGUUCAAACCCUCACCAACCACUCACCGACAGCUUCACACGCUAAACACGCACGCACAACAUACGGCUUGUUUUUUUUUUUUUUUUCGUUUUUUGUCAAAAUAUGUCCGUGUAAAUCGUUGUUUGAUGUAAUCAAACCGCGGUGUAACGAAAAACAUCCAUAAGUCACGAACUGCUUUUUCGAACAUUGGACGUGACGUACGGUAUUCGCGUCCGUCAAAACGAGUGUACGCGAUGCACUCCGGACGAUACGAACACUUACGAAGAAGAAGAGAAGAAACACAUGCAUUGUAAUAGAAAUGUGUACAAACGUUUAGAAAACAAAUAUAUGAUUUUCACCACAUUA